CCCCGCCGCCGCUCCCCAGAUCCCGCCGCCAUGUCGACGGAGAAGAAGCAGCUGAACCCCAUGCGGGACAUCAAGGUGCAGAAGCUCGUCCUCAACAUCUCCGUCGGCGAGAGCGGAGAUCGCCUCACCCGCGCCUCCAAGGUGCUGGAGCAGCUGAGCGGACAGUCACCGGUGUUCUCCAAGGCGAGGUACACUGUCAGGUCGUUCGGUAUCAGGCGUAAUGAGAAGAUCGCCUGCUAUGUGACUAUCAGGGGUGAGAAGGCGAUGCAGCUGCUGGAGAGUGGCCUGAAGGUGAAGGAGUACGAGCUGCUCAGGAGGAACUUCAGCGACACCGGAUGCUUUGGCUUCGGUAUCCAGGAGCACAUCGAUCUCGGCAUGAAGUACGAUCCAUCUACCGGCAUCUACGGUAUGGACUUCUUUGUGGUGCUCGAGCGUGCUGGGUACCGCGUCUCCCGCCGCCGCAGGUGCAAGGCCCGCGUCGGUAUCCACCAGAGGGUCACCAAGGAGGACGCCAUGAAGUGGUUCCAGGUCAAGUACGAGGGUGUCAUCCUCAACAAGUCCCAUGCGAGCUAAGAAGGACGUAGCUCUCUUUAGACCUUGAGUUAAUGAAGUUCACCUGGUUGCUGGAUAUGUAUGUUACCUAGAAACCGAAAUGCUUUGUCAGUUUUGCCUGUACUCAAGCUGGAUGAUUUCUGUUUGAUCUGCACUUUCGUCUAAGAGGCUCACUACUGUUUUAUCCUCUUUCAACAAUAGAGUAUAUGUCUGGCUUAUGUGA